CGACGGGACCUUUUUGAAGGAUGAAACAGACCGCAUGAUGACUUUCUUCCAGCAAGGAUUCGUAAUUUUACCUUGGGGUCAACCUCCGCCGGAGGUAAUAAGGGAAGUUGAUGAAGCUAUUAGGACGGAAAUGCCCUCCAAUGAAUACUACAUCGCAGGCAUAUUCAAUUCCGAGUUAUCGAAGGUGCUGAUCAAGUUUAUGAUGUAUAACAUCUCCACAGAAAAGAACGAAUAUAUCUACUACUCUCUGCUUGGUGGUAGAAACCUGGAAGAGAUGCUACUGGGGGAACCAAUACUAGUGGACUGCAGCAAAGUUUCGGACCCACCACAGCUCUGUCGGCUUGGCCCAUAUGGUUAUGAUAAAGGCGAGGCUGUGAACCUGCUGCGUAAAAUCCGAGGCACGGUUCGCAUCCCCUACUACUCAGGGUCGCAGAAGCUGGACAUGUUUCAAUUUCAAGAGAUAAGGCACGACGAGCGACAUCUACCUCUAGAAUUAACAUUGGGGGAUAUCAUUUGCGUUGAUUCAGAUCUUUGUAUUGAUUGGCCAUUACUAGACAGUGAUGGUAUUUUUGUGUUAAUGACAGUUGCAAGAGGAGAUCCGCAACUGGGAAUACAAAGAGAUCGACGCUCUAUGCCCGUUGCCCCUUUCCACUCCACGACGGAAAUCAGGAUCCUUGAAGAACGAUCUGGAUAUCCUCGACGGCAAUAAGCUAUUCAUCGCGCAUAGCGGUCACUGUCUCACCCACCACCAUUUCCUGGUUUUGGAAGCGUGGCCAUUUGGCAUCAAUCAAAAUUUUGUAGUUUUCUCGCAUCAUUACCAUCUUGAGAGAGUAGCGUUGAAAAUGCAGAAGUCGUGGACUACAUCGUAAAAGGUGACAUAAAACAUCCAACUGUUCGAAGUUGAUUUCCUUUAGUCGUUCCCGAAUAGGAAGAAAAGCACCUGUUAAUGCCGGUAUCUGUAAUUCGUUUUCAAUAAUUUUCUCCUUCAUUGUCACCGUAAUCACUGAGCGUAGGAUAGGUAGAUCAAAGCCAUGUUUCUCGGCAAAUUCGGAAAGCUUUCCUUGUGAGUU